AUGGCUUUGAAACCCAAGCUGAAGCCCAUGUCUACUUCCAACUCGCUGCAAAAGCGAAGCAUGCAGUUUAAGAAUGUUUUUGUGGAUUCCAAGAAACGGCGGAAGCAGGCAUUCACGCUGUCAGUGUUCGUUGGUAUCGCACUAGUCCUAUACUUAGUGAGUGGCCUGUUCGGCCGCGGAAGGCCUACCGUCAACAAGUACCCACCUGUCCAUGGCCACUACAUAAACGAAAUCGCCACGACAAAGCCUCUGAUCUUUCCGGCUGUGGAAAACGCAGCGCAGCUCAAGGAAAUGAACAUGAGAAGCCUGCACAUUUUGCGGAUUGACAUGGACGGCAAUAAGAAAUACGUUUUGAAGGAGACCGAUCAGCCAAUCACGGAGAAAGAACGCAAGCAGAUGACCGACCCACACGAGAUUAUCAAAAGGGACUACCUGGACCACGGCAAGCUUGUUUUCCGUAAAGGAACAGACAGCCCGGAAGUGGUGAUUGUCACUCUGGUCGACUUCGAUAACUACGACCCACAGACCCUAAUCAAGGUGGUGCAGAACAGGGUCAACUACGCUCAGAGGCACCGCUACGGCGUGUACGUCAGAUGGGCGCAGGAGUUUAUACCACUGCUAGAAAAGCAGAACCUAAAGGAGUCCUACGAGUACCUGAAGCCCAUGAUCAUGAGGGCUGCCUUUCAUGCAUUCCCUAGAGCCAAGUACUUUUGGUUCUUGGACCAAGACGCCCUCAUCAUGCGUAUGGACCUGUCCUUGCAGAACCACCUCCUCGACCCCAAGAUCCUGCAGCUCGCCAUUUUGAAGAACGUGCCCGUUGUCAAGGACUCAAACAUCAAGACCUACAACCACUUCUUGCCGGGGAACGCCGAAAUCAUAUUCCCACAGACCAACGGGGGGUACUUGGACUCCUCCUCGUUCAUAGCGGCCUCCGGCAUGUACAGCAAGGCUAUGUUUGACUACCUGAGCGAUCCGCUGGUUCGCGAUUUCCCAUGGCAGAACUUUGCUCACUGUGUGUCACACGCGCUGCAGUGGCACCCAAGCAUCCUCGCGAAAACAGCGCUGAUUGUGCCCAAAACCAUUGCUAGCGUAUACGAUCCAGCGAAAAAGGCUGACGAGAAGCCUGGCGUCGACGCUUUCCACUACACCGCCGGUGACCUUGUUGCUUCUUUCUACGGCUGCAAAGACAGAGGUUCAUGCAUCAAAGACAUCGAUACUUUCUACGACAAGGUACAAACAUCAUAG